GUGACUUCACCGCUGGCUAAAACAAGCAGAGAGUCAUCGUCAAUCUCUUCGUCGUGUCAAGUUUGCACAACGUGUCAUCCCCCACCGCCACCUCCUUCUCCGUCGGCCACCGUUUCUAUAUCACGUCCGCCAAAUCCACCAAAACUCAAUCACGACCUACUAUCCACCACAAGAUGCAGGAAAAACGUAAUAUGAGUUCACCUACAGUGGAAACCGGAAAGGGAAGGAGCCGGAUAAACAAGAAGAUCCGCCAUGGAUAUCAUUCAGUUGAAGGAAAGAUGCCCCAUCCAAUGGAAGAUUAUGUUUUUGCACAAUUCAAGCAGGUGGAUGGCAAUGAGCUUGGAUUGUUUGCUGUAUUCGAUGGUCAUUUGAGCCAAGAAGUUCCCGAUUAUCUCCGAUCACAUUUAUUCGACAACAUCAUAAAUGAGCCGGACUUUUGGACGGAGCCGGAGAAAGCUAUUAGGAGAGCAUAUGAAUUCACCGACUGUAACAUCAUAAACAAAGAAAUCAAAAAGCGAAAAGGGGGUUCAACAGCCGUUACAGCAAUCUUGAUAAACUGCGAAACUUUGGUGGUAGCCAACGUUGGCGAUUCACGGGCGGUUUUAUGCCAAGAUGGUGUGGCCAAACAGUUAUCCGUCGACCACGAGCCGAACAAGGAGCGCAAGAUCAUCGAAGAGAAAGGGGGUUUUGUAACAGAAUUUCCAGGGGAUUGUGCUCGUGUCGAUGCAAGUUUGUCAAUGUCGAGAUCGUUUGGCGACAAAAGAUUGAAGGAACACAUAAGUUCGGAACCAGAUGUGGUUGUGGAGGUGGUGGAUGAUGAUACCGAGUUUCUGAUCUUGGCCAGUGAUGGUGUAUGGAAGGUAAUGUCGAAUGAAGAGGCAGUAGAGAGCAUAAAGGAUGUGGAGGAUCCACGAUUAGCUGCAAAACGAGUGAUUAAAGAAGCAGUUGGGAGGAAGAGUAGGGAUGACAUUUCCUGCAUUGUUGUUAGGUUCCAGUAGUAAUGUUCGUGUGCUAUUUCUAUAUUUUGUUUAAACCAAAUGUAACUUUGAAUCUGUUUUUGAUGACGAAAGUAUUAGGCUAGUGGUUUCGUAUUUAAUUGAUUUAUCAGUUUUAUGAAAU